AUGAAGACACAGCCAGUUCAAAGAGGGGAGGAACCCCCAAUGUUCCUCCAGCGGCCAUCCACAGGCAAAUCACAAGAUGUGCGCCACAUAUUAGCGAAGACUUUUCGAGAAUUAUACACUAGAGAUGCUAUUAGCGCUGACACGGUAGCAAAUCUUGGUGUCUCUAAACAUGGUGAUGACCCUUAUCAUGAACGCUAUGUGGAGGCUCUAGAGAAAGUAUUUGAAGAACGACAGAAGCGACUAGAAGAGGCAGCUAAACUGGAACGUCAUAUCAUGCAGGCACAGGCCCGUGCCAUGUCAGCAGAUGAACGUCAGCUGAACAGGGUCACACAGAGCUGUGACAACUACUCUGAGCUGGGGCUACCUCCUGGUCGUUCUCAUUUCCGAUCCUGCAUUGACUCGGAUUUGCUGAGGAAACACAAAUUGUUGUCUCCAGAAGACUAUGCUACAGAAGAACAGCUAACAGUGCCACUACCACAUGGUCCCAAGGUGCCAAGCUAUGCACGUGAGACAGUGUCUUCACAGCAACGAACUCGUCCUGUUGACCAGCCAGAAGAAACACCACAGCCUCAGAUCUUUAACAGUAGAUCCGACCUGGUCCAACAAAGUUAUGUAUCAGACAGCAUCAACGUUGAGCAGGACAUUCUGGAGUCUGAGCCUGCCUCAGAUGACGCAGAAUCAGUUGUGUUUCCAAAACGAGGAGGAUGGAAAAUCCACAUGAGUGAGGCUCAACGAGAAGUGGACAGAAAAGACCUUGCAAAUCUUCAGGCUCGUGUGAACUAUGUUCGUAAUCCAAGAUUUGUACCACCAUCAGCACCACCUGGUGGAAAAUCUCUGAUAAAACCAUGUCGUCCCAAACCAAAGGAAAUAGGAAUACAAAGUAAACCUGAUAUGGGAAAACAAAAGGAACCAUCUGUUGUUUUCUUAGUCUCUCCACCAACAGUUCAAUUUUCAGAUUACAAAGUUGGCCAGGUUUAUGAGUUGACUUUGGAGCUGAAGAAUGUUUCUUCAGUGAUGAGACAGUGUGCAGUUCUCCCACCGACCUCACCAUUCUUCUCUGUUGGACUGGGUCAGUUCCCAGGUGAACAUGGUCUAGUGGCUCCAGGAAUGAGUUGUCACUAUGCUAUCAGAUUUGCCCCAGACUCACUGAGAGACUUUGAUGAUGAGAUCAAGGUCCAGACUCAGUCUUCUACCUCUGUUAUUGUGCCUUUACAGGGUCGCAGACAGCCCCCAAAUUUAACUUUGCCGCAAGUCUUGGAUGUAGGGUACUGUCUAGUUGGAAGCUAUCACGUUGUACAGUUCAUUGUGAGGAACAUUGGAGGCAAUGGCAGAUUCUGUAUAAUGCCCAGAUCCUCAUGGCCAGCUACCAACUUCAAGUCUGUUGUGAGGAAUGGCAGCGUAAGCAUUCAACCCUUUGAGAUUCGUCCAUCUGUACUGGAAUUGAUGAAAGGAGAGAGUGGUGUGAUUGAAAUUAUUUUCACCCCUCCAUCUGUGAAGAGUUACAGCCAGGAGGUCACCCUUGUCUGUGACAAUUGUCAUGUCAAGCACUUCACCAUUAAAGGUGUUGCUCAGAAGGCUGCCGUUGAUCUAGUUAUGGUAGAGCGAGGAGAAGGUAGCAUUGCACCAGGAGAGAUGACAGACAACACUGCUGAACACAUGAUUCGAUUUGAUGACCUCAACCCAUUCACAUACACUGAUCGUACAGUGGUAGUGAAAAAUUGCACAAAUGUACAGAUGCCAUUCCAAUGGAUGAUCUACAAGCCAGAGAUGAAAGAAGAAGAAGAUAAUGAAGGACAGAGGAAGGUUGUACGUGUCCAGGAUGUUGAUUCUGUGUUCAGUGUACACCCUCCCACAGGCAAUCUACCUCCUGCGGGUGACUUGGAGUUCCGUGUCACAUUUGCACCACCUCUGGUGAAUGAGUUCCACAGUGUACUACACAUGUUGCUGAAGCAAAUCCCGCAGUAUGAGGAUGGAGACUCAGCAAAGCUACGAAACAGGCGUGCCCUACGUGAGCAGUCAAACCUCAGUAAUGAUGAAGAUGAGGAAGAUGAACCCACUGAAAUCUUCCCUCCAUCAAGUGGUGUGAGAAAACUACAUGACCUCACUGCCAUGGAGAUAGAGGUGAAAGGUAACAGCGUGCCCCUGAAUGUGGUGUUACAUCCCUACGCUGUGUAUGUACCUGGUCGUAGCCUUAUGGAGACCACCAUCAAGAAAAGAGUCACAAUGGCCAAUCACAGUCGAUCUACUAUCACUUUCCAAUGGCAGCCGUACAGUGAAGGGUAUAUAUUGGAGAUGGAGCCACCGUUUGGUGAACUUGAUCCAGGAAUGGCCAUGGACCUUGAGUUGGGUAUAACUGGAGGCACACCAGGCAAGAUCAAGCACACCCUUUACUGUCAUGUGAUGAACAUGGCCGAACCUCUCCAUCUCCAUGUAGAAGCUGAAUUUAAGGGUCCAGAGCUAAUGAUUGAGGAACCAGAUAUCAACUUUGGUCUUGUCUGUCUGGGAAAUCAGGCUACUAAACAGAUCACACUGACAAACCUGGCACAAAUCACAACCAAAUGGAGCAUUCAUGACAGUCCUGAAUUCAUUGACCUUGAAAAUGGUGAUGAUCCCAGUGAAUUUAUUUUCACUCCAGCCAAUGGGGAGUUGUCUCCCUUGGAACAAAAGACAAUUUCUAUAGAGUUCAUACCAACAGCCGUAAAGACAAUCAAGCGUGUGUUUACUGUCAAUGUGGUGGAAGGUAGUGAAUGUAACAUUGGAGCAACAGCUGAGGUACAGGAACCAUGUGUCUGUCUGUCAUCCUGUGAAGUAUGUAUGGAGGAUGUGUAUAAAGGAGUUCCAGUCCUCUGUCAGGCCACAAUCAUUAACCAGACACUGAUACCUACAUCAUUUGCCUGGGGACAUAUUCAGGGAGGUCAUGCUGGGGAUUGUGUGAUCGAGCUGGACCCUCCAUAUGGUGAGCUGGGACCACGAGAGGAAAAAACUAUAGAGAUCCGCUUCAUGGCCAACAGAGAGGGAGAGAUCUCCGAUGUCAGAAUUCCUUGUGAAGUAGCAGGGAUGGAACAGUUAUUGUUUUUAGGUCUGUUCUGUGAUGCUAAAGGCCUCUCCAUUACCUACAAGACAUCAGCCUUGGGACCACUCUCCAAUGAGUACUUUGAAGAUGUUUGUUUGGACUAUGGAGAGAUGGUGGACCUCGGUUCAACACCUAAAGUCUUUUUACACAUUCGGAAUGAAUCUGGAAUAACAGCUCCAUUUAACCUUAACAUGGAACACUUCAUGGCCAAACCACCAACACCACCGGGUAACAAGGACCCAAACAUCUCAAAAAGCCAGCAGAGGCGACUGAUGUUGAGUCGAACACCUAACCUGGCAGACCCUCUCAGCAAGACACAGACAAAGGCACAACAAGAUUUGUGUAAAGCCAUGUUAUCUCUUGGGCUUGGAGCUUCCUUCGUGCCCACACCUGGGUCUGGAGUAUUACAGCCAUUUGGGGAGCAGAUUAUAGAGUUGGGGGCCUAUUCUGACAUGUGGGGCCUCUACACUGAUAACCUGAUGUGUCAGAUUGGAGAUCUGGAUGUCGUGGCCAUACCAGUCAAGAUGAAUGUUGUUGGAUGUCCACUCUGCUUCCAGAUGACCGCAGCCAAACCUGACCAAAAACCUAUUGUGAGGUUUGGGACACAUGUGUCUGGAGUGGCACCUACAAGUCGCACCAUGAGGAUCAACAACACCAGUCCACUGGAUAUCCGUCUGGAUUGGCAGUUAUAUAACAUAGAGGAGGAGGAUACAAAAAUACUGGAUUUCAUUGUCGGCUUUGGUGAAGCUUUCCCUAAACGUGAUGAAAAUGGCAUGGAAGUGAUUCCGCCAUGGAAAAAUGAGAAGCAAACUCCUGUGCCGGAGAUGCCAAAGAGGAUGCCUACAGAGUUCAUACCCAAUUCUCCUGACACCUUACCUACUCUGACAAGGGAGGUAACUCGUGUGAUCAACACACCUGCAGCCACAGGUGCAGAACCAGUCCCAAAAGAACCUCUCAUUAAGUUUGCGUCAGUUUUUGUCCGUUCACAUGAAGGUGUACCUAGCGAGAAUCCCUACAGUAUCAAAAACAAACAAAUGGUAAUCCCUGCUAGAGGAAGUGCCAGUGUCAAUGUCAGCUUUACCCCAUUCCCAACAGGACAGGUGUCCGAGGAAAGGGACUGUAUUGGAUAUGCCCAAGGAUACAUGAGCUUGGACAAUGGUAAAAUAUCUCAAACAGAAAACAAAGUGAGUCGGCUUCAAGGUUAUGAAAUGUCUAGUCUUCGACUUGACAUGACAGCUCAUCUGAAACCUGCACUACUGAACAUUGAGCCCACUGAUGAGGAAGGCAUGAGGUACCGGUCAGCCAUGAGUGAUCUUCUCCUAGAAGGAGGCAGGACAAAACCAGAAAGUUCCAAGGUAUGCAGUGCCGUGCUAGCCAACCACACAGAAACUCCCCUCACUUUCAAGCUGAUCACCAAGCCUCCUUUUGUAUUAGUUGAUCUCAACCCUACAACCAACCGUGAUGGAGCAACAUCUAUCCAGGAGACCGAGAUGCAAACACUGCGACCACAACACAACCUGCUAGUGAAAGUUGCUUUCCAAACAUCCAUUGAUCUUUUGGAGCUUGGAGACGGAACAGAGGAAAAUGGAACAUCUGACAAUAGAUUGAGAAAUCAUAAGAUCGAAAUAAUGGAUCACGUCCUCGUGGAAUUUAACAAUUCUGCUGCGCAGAGAAUACCUCUGCAUGCCAGCCUGUCUGUACCCAAGAUUGAGUUGUCCAAGGAAGAGUUGGACUUUGGGACCUGUUUAGUAGGCCAACAAAGAGAAUUACAGCUUCUUAUCACUAAUCUGACAGCAUCACACAGCUUCUGGACAGUAAAGAAAGAAUCAAUGUCACCAGGAUGCAGUGAAGACACAUUCAUGAUAACACCAUCUAGUGGUCAGCUUGAGGCACAUAUCACUCAUAUCAGUGACAGUAAAACACUUCUCCGUGUUUUCUUCACUGCCAAACAUGCAGAAUACUACGAGGCUGUGUUUGUUUUCAAAGGGGUGUUGGGAGAAACGCCUCAGAGACUGGUCAUCAAAGGUCAAGGGUCAUAUGAUGGUCGUUAUGAAGCUUUACUCAAUGUGUGAUCUGACAGUUUAUAUUUGUAUACUUAGCCUGUGAUAUAUGAGAAGACUGUGAAAUUUGAUUUGUUAUUUUGUGAUAUUAUCAUGUUGAAGAAUCCACACUGAGCUUUUUAUAAUUUUAACUGUAACAGUCAUAAUUAGAUUCCCAUCCAUCCAAAUUUAGAAUACAGUUUUAUAGCUGGUAUUGCAGAUGUAUAUAAUUGAAGUUUGUAUGACAGCAAUGUGUAUUGAAAACUUUUUUGUCAUUAGAAGAAAAUAUUAACUUUUGUCAAAAUACUUUUAAAAAACUUUUUCUGAGAAGAAAAUUCA